GUAUACCAAACGCGCUGCGUUGCAGCGGGUGGCAGCGGGGACACGAUGUGUCCUCUAAGUCUUCAGUUUCACAAGUAACGCGCUGUUCCGGCCAUACGUGUGUACUCUACCUGCUGAGAUACACCAGUAUAUAAGCAACACAAGAAACGCAAGCACUCAUCCAUUAGGCUCUAAAUUUGAUAAAGCAAUUCGCCGCGCAGAAUGGUCUCGCAUAGAGGGGCGCGCGGGCCCGUCGGCUCAGCAGCAGAAGCGUUAAAGGAUGCGCUUGUUGCAAAGCUGCAACCUGGGAUAAGAGAAUCCCCGCUGAACGAUGGCAUUUAUCAAUCCAUUCGGUUGGUGGAGGGCUUCCUCAACGCCUGCAAGGAGAGCGAGGCGGAGCUAGAGGCGCUCAAAGCGCAAAUCAAGCGCCUGAUGAUGCAGCAAAUAGCACGGAGCUCACCGUCGCGGCAGCGGCCAGACCAGGGCCGCUCCUCCCUGCCCGGCAUUGACACCCGGCCCAGCACUUCACCACGAAAUGACGCCGAGCUAGCGGCUGCGGCGGGCGGCAACUCCCGUAUGCAGCUCUACUCGCGCGCCAGCGCACGGAGCGCCGACGCACCCGCUGCCGGCAGCGUCCCAGUGGACUGGACUCUGCCGCAGCGCACGUUGAACCGCAAGGCCUUCGUGCGCGGCGGCGACUUCGCGCGAAUCACGCUCGUGCAGGACGACCUGGCCCGCAAGGCGGAGGCGCAGCGGCAGCGCGACGAGGCGGAUCGCAAGCGCAGCACCCUGGCCAUGUUUGACACGCAGAUGGCCGUCGUCAACCAGCGGAGGGCGGAGGAGCGCGAGGCCCGGCGGCGCGCCCAGCUGGACAUGGACGAGCACAUCCGGCAGUUCCAGGCCAGCGAGGAGGAGCGGCUGCGGCGGGAGCGCGCCACGCAGGAGGGGCUGCGCGACUUCUACAGCAACCAGAUCGAGGAGCUGCAUACGCGGCAACGCGAUGAGGCGGAGCAGCGCGAGCGGGAGCACGCGGCCGAGCGCGCGCAGGCGGAGGCGGAGGCACGCGCGGAGCGGGCUCGGUUGGAGGCGCUAGCGCGCGAGAACACGGCGUUGCGGGAGCGCAUCAAGCGCGAGCUGAAUGACGCCCUGGCGGCCAAGGCGGCGGCCAAGGCGGCGCAGGUGGCGGAGGAGGCGCGGUACAACCGCGAGUACAUGGCAAAGAUGGAUGCCGACGAGGCGGCGCGGCGGCGGGCGGUCGAGAUACGGGCUGAGAAGAUGCGCCGUGCCUUCGAGCGGGGCGGCGGCGCGGCUCUGCAGGCAUCGCUGGAGGAGCAGGCGCGGCUGGACGCGGCGCGGGCGGAGCGGUUGGCUGCGGAGGCGGAGGCCGCGGCGGCGGAGAAGGAGCGGCGGGACCGUGAGCGGCGGCGGCGCGAGGCGGAAGAGACGAUGCGGACGCUGGAGGAGCAGAUUGCGGCGAAGCAGGCGGAGCGCGCGGCGGCGGCGGAGGCGGCAAGGCAGCUGCGGGAGCAGAUGACGGAGGCGGAACGGGCGGCCAAGCAGGCUCGGGAGGUGGAGAAGAUGGAGCGGCGGCGGCAGCAGGCGGACGCGUUUGCGGCGCAGAAGGCUGCAGUGGCGGAGCAGCGGCGGCGGCGGUUCGAGGAGUACCGAGACCCCGUGGAAGAGCGCUACAAGUGGCUGCACGCGGCGCCCAUGGCCGGCACCCAGCGCGCCUUCAACAACCUGGCUGUGCCCGAGGGCAAGGCAGCCAUGCUGGCGAGCAUGACGCUGUGAGCAAGCCAAUGAGCCACGAGGCAUGAGGCUUGAGGGCUCGCGGCCUGAGCCCCGUGCGGCAUCACGGUGCCGGUGUUGGCGGCUGCGGAUGCGGCUGCGGAUGCGGAUGCGGAUGCGGAUGCGGCUGCGGAUGCAGAUGCAGCUGCGGAUGCGGCUGCGGCUGCGGAUGCGGAUGCGGAUGCAGCUGCGGAUGCGGAUGCGGAUGCGGAUGCGGAUGCAGAUGCGGCGGGCGGGCGGCGGCACCGCUGGUAACACCUUGCCGGCGCGGCAGCAGUGGUGGCCGACAGGCCGGGGUGACGACUCGACAUGUGCGUGGAAAGGGUCCAGCAAGCGAGGCAGGCAUCUGAAGGACUGUGCAAGAGCUUGGCGAUACAGCGUUGUUGAUUUGUCUGUACAUGCGUCGUGCAUGCUUUAGGUGCUUCCGGCCAGGCGUGCAGCCGGCACCGGCAACAGGAAGAUGGGUUGCAUCGGACGGAACGCAUGCACGUUUGACGUUUGUUUGGACUGAUCGUGUCUUUAUUGCGUGGACAUGUCGCAUGAUGCAAGGGGUGUGCAGGGCGGUGCGGCCACAGUUUUCAAGUAUGAAAACAAAGCAUACUGGCGCAAACCGCGGCUGCUACGUAUUAGUAUUUGUUAAUGCCUAUUGCAUGUAAAUAGGUGGCAGGGAAAAUUGCACCAACGCCACACAGCGCAAGGGGACAUGCUGGCCAGGAGGGGGGGGUUAUGUGCCCGAGCCCAGCGAACAAGUGUGUGGGCCUGUGGGGGAGCGCAGGACUCCAUGUGGCGAAACACUACUGUAGCUUCAGUACGCGUGACUGCUCAUGACGUUAGGCAGGCUCUCAAUGGCUGAAGUUAAAGCUGCAUUGGGCCUCACUGCACGCGGGCUGGGAUGGCGGUUGGCGGUUGGCACUAGCCCCCACCUGACACCGUGACACAGGGGAACCCCUGACCUCCAGUGCGCUUCUUCAAUAUAGUGCUUGGAGCCUUGGAGGUUUGCGUAGACGCGUGCCGAGACAAUUGCACGUAUGUCCACCCGUUCCCGGUCCCGGCGUCCAUGCAUAGACCCUGGUCACUUUAAGCCUGCGUAUAA